CUCUGUCUCUCUCUUCUUCACACACUGUCUUUCUGUCACUCUUUCACACUCCCGCCCCGUCACCCUCUCUAUCAUACACAUUCUCUCUAUCUUUCCCUUAUAUAUACGCACCCUCACACACAAUUCUCUCCCUUUGUCUAUUUAUCUGUCAUAUAUAAACUUUUUCCCCACCAAGAACAUCCGUCCACUUUAACUUCUUUCAGCCAACAACAAUGACUUCUGUUCAGCUCUGUCUUCGACAGCUGAGUCGAUCGUUGUUAAAUAUAUCUCAAUGCCAACGACGAUCAAUUCCUUCAACUUUCCAAGCUUCCAAAAGGCAUCUUCCAGUCACAGCUUACAAGCAAAAAAGUUCGCAAGUCAAAGAAACAGAAGAAACAAACGGAAACAAUUUACUUUUUAAAGGAAUGGAAACAGAAUUUCCCUGCGUUUCUCGAACAAAUAUAUCCGGCCCAGAACCUCAAUACGACUUGGUUCAGUCUGGCUAUGAAGUAUUCACAUAUGAUCAACCUUUCUAUAUGAAAUAUGGAGGUCGAAUAUUGCCUCAGUUAGACAUUGCUUAUGAAACCUGGGGAGAGCUGAACGAAGACCGAGACAACACUGUAAUGAUAUUCACUGGCCUGUCUGCCAGCUCACAUGCAAGAAGUCACAAGAAAAGUCCAGAGCCUGGUUGGUGGGAAAAAUUCAUCGGACCAGGCCACCCUAUUGACACAGACAAAUAUUUUGUCAUCUGUACAAACAAUAUCGGUGGUUGCUAUGGAUCAAGUGGUCCUAGUUCAUUGAACCCAAGUACUGGAAAGCCUUUUGGUACCACAUUCCCUUUGGUUAGUGUCGAAGAUAUGGUUCACUCAUCAUUCUUGUUACUUGAUUACCUUGGAAUUAAGAAGCUUCAUGGUUGUCUUGGUUCCUCAUUGGGUGGAAUGAUUUCAUUAAUGUCAGCAGCACUUUAUCCUGACAGAGUUGGAAGAAUGAUCUCAAUAUCCAGCUGCAGUCAAUCACAUCCUUCAUCCAUUGCCAUGAGAUACCUUCAGCGAAAAAUCAUCAUGAUGGACCCUAAUUGGAAUAAUGGUCAUUAUUAUGACCAUCAGUAUCCAGCAGUUGGGAUGAAACUUGCUCGAGAGAUAGCUACCAUGACAUAUCGCAGUGGACCUGAAUGGAACAAGAGAUUUGGCCGACAAAAGAUUGACCCAACUGAAGAACCUACUUUGUGUCCAACUUUCAGUAUAGAAAGUUAUCUCGAAUAUCAAGGAGAAAGUUUCAGUAGGAAAUAUGAUCCAAAUUCCUUACUUUACAUAUCUAAGGCAAUGGAUUUAUUUGAUAUCCAAGAUGGUUUUGACACCUUAACUGAAGGUCUUGCCCGUGUUGCUUGUCCAUGCAUGGUUAUUGGAGUAAAGACUGAUAUUUUGUUCCCUGUUUGGCAGCAGAGAAAUCUGGCUGAAAGUUUACAAGAAGCUGGAAAUGAAGCUGUGACUUACUAUGAACUGAGUUCUAUAUUUGGACAUGACACUUUCUUGCUUGAUUUAAAUGGUGUCGGCAGUGCCAUGAAGGGUUUUCUUGAGACUAAUAUGAAAGAAUAUGGAAGAGCUGUGGAAAGAAAAAGAGAAGCUUAAACCAAAAUUCUUGCAAAAGCUUUUUAUGGUUUGAUACAAAAGAACAAGAGAAUAAAUGGCAUGUUUCUAAACCAACUGAAAGUGUCUAAAGAUUAUGGUCCAAAUACAAAUGAAAGUUUGGUUUCUAUGAAUAAAUAAGUCAAAAAAGAGAACUUCAAACACUGAUUACCAGGAAGAAAUUUGCCAAUCAAAACUGAAAUGGUUGCAACUAAUUUCUACAGGUUUUUGAGAAAGAAACAUUUGAGUGUUGAAGAGGAAAUCUUUGACUGAUUUAAUUGUAAAUAACAAUAUAUUUUUGACAAAACUAGUCACUUUGACUAUAAUAAAAUUAUUUUUCUAAACAAUAACAAAGCAUUUAACCAAUACUAUAAGCUGAUUAAAAUAAGAUGGAGUAUUUUGUAUGCUCUCUCUCUCCCUCUAUAUAUAUAUAUAUAACAACAACGAUUUUCUGAUGGAAUUUGUAAAUAUUUAAUGCAUUGCUGCAAGUGUAGCAAUGUAUUAAAUAUUUUUAAGUUCCAUCCUAGGAUUAUUAUAUUUAUCCUACAUUAUAUUGGUAUAAUCAUGAUGCAACCCUAAGAAACUGACUCAUUAGUCGGUAUCAUUAAAUGGUAGCCAGUAUAAUGAAAUAAAAGCUUUAUUUGCAUACCCUUAACAUUACCAUAAAUUAAUUUAAAAGCUAUUUAUAUAUAUGUAAAUAUUCUGUGGGUUAACAAGGCUACCAUUGGUUUCAUGCCAAGACUUCUCAGCAAUUGAGAAUACCUUAUCCAAGAUGGUGACGAGUGCCAACUUCUCAAGUGGCAGACUUGAUAAUUGCUGACAGUUCUCUGCAUGAAACCAGUGGUAGCCUUGUUAACUUACAAAUAAAGAAUAUUUAUCCACCAAUGCAUUGUUGAACACUCAUUGUCACUGUUUGACAUUAGAGUAUGUAUAUGUAUGUGUGUGUGUGUAUAUAUAUAUAUAUAUAUAUAUAUAUAUAUAUAUAUAUUGUACAUUUACAAAGUUUAUAUUUAAGCCUGCUAGCUUACAACUGUUUGAUGUAAGCUAACAGUCUGACAAAGGCGAGCAGACUAAAACUUCGAAAGUCACUGUCAAUCCUUCUCCUUGUAAAAGUAUAUUAUGCAUUCUACAAAGAAGGAUUGAGUAAUUCCUCAGUUUAAUGUCAAAUUGUUUCUUUUUUUGCUUUUUUAUAACUCAACAUAAAACAUACAUAUAUAAGAACUGAGUUCCUCACUAUUACUCAUCAUAUUAUGCAAUCUUUUGCUUCAAAACCAUAUUUUAAAUGAUAUAUGACUAAGCUCUAUACCAUGUAUUGAGCACUAUUUUUCUUAAUAUUUGGUGAUAUAUGCACACAUCAGUUUUAACAUCAUUUAUUUUUAAAUGGUAUGGUUUUAACUGUAUUCAAUUUACCUUCAUAUCGUGUUUUAAAUGUCAUUAAAAUAAAAUAUUUGAGAUAUAAA